GAUGGUGAUGAUGGUGGAGGAGCCGGGGCUGCUGGGGCCGGGCCCGAAGCUGAGGAUGCCGAGGAUGAUGAUGCUGACGAUGAUGAUGAUGCUGCCGAGGCCGAAGGCGCGGCGCUGGCCGCGCGGUUCCUGGCGCUGCAGCUCGCUCUGUCCGGGGCGCUGCGGGCGCUGCCGCCGCCGGGGCCGCCGGUGGCCGCGGUGUACGCGCCGCUCGAGUACGCGUGGGAGCCGCACCGGCGCUUCGUGCGCCGCUUCCUGCGCUCCCCCAAAGCCGUGCUGUUCCUGGGCAUGAACCCCGGGCCGUUCGGCAUG